AUGGAUGGUUUGCAAGGAUCCAGUACGAACGUAAACCGGAAACGGAGGAGCAAUUUCCUGACGGUGGUGGAGAAGGUUCGCAUAAUUGAAGAUUUUGAAGCAGGAGGUGGUACGCAUGAUUUUCUUGGGAAGAAGUACGGCGUAGGAUCUUCUACGGUCACGAGAAUAAUCCAAAAGAAAGAAGCAAUUCGUGAGGCGGUGGACAAGUUCAAGGAAUAUGGUGUAAAUAAUCGAAAAACAUUGAAAGAGCAGACGUUCCCUUUGCUGGAAGAAGCUCUUUACAUCUGGAUUUUACAGCAGCGGCAGUCCAACAUUUUGUUGACAGUGGAUAUUCUUAAAGCAAAGGCGGAGCUGCUGUUUAAGAUGUUCCAGGACCGGGGGCUCUAUGCGGUGCACGGUUUUUCUGCUUCGGAUGGCUGGAUGCAUCGUUUUAAGCAGCGGUUUGGAUUGCGCGUGAAAGCCGUAACAGGAGAAAAGGCAUCGGUAAACGUUGAAGCGUACCUAAAUUUCAAGAAGGUUCUACAGAAGAAGAUUCAGGAAAUGCAGCUAUCACUAUCCCAAGUCUUUAAUGCAGAUGAAUCUGCCUUGUUCAUCAAGCUCCUAGCCACACGCUCUGUCGUUACCUGUGAUGAGACCGUGGCAAGCGGACGGAAGCAAAACAAGACAAGGUAUACGUUUAUGCCUUGCUCCAACAUAGAUGGUUCCCUAAAGCUUCCGUUGUAUUUCAUUUGCACUGCUGCAAAACCACGAGGAAUCAACAUCGAAGAACUUCCCGUUUCAUAUAAUCAUUCCAAAAAGGCUUGGAUGACCAGACUGUUGUUCCGUCAAUGGUUCCACGAAGAGUUUGUCCCCGCUGUUCGAAAAUUUUCGGCCGAGAGAGGAUUGGAGCCAAAGGCAUUGCUGGUUCUUGAUAAUUGCACCAGUCAUUAUGACGUUGACGAAUCUCUACAGAGUGACGAUGGACUGAUUCAAGUGAUCUACCUUCCACCAAAUGUAACUGCUGAAUGCCAGCCGAUGGACCAAGCGGUCAUCAAUGCAAUCAAGCGAAAGUAUAAAAGAAAACUGAUGCUCGCAUUAAUUCUGGAAAACGAACACUUAAGUUUCGAAGAACGAUUGAAGAAGAUUAAUCUUCAACAGUGUAUUUCGUGGUUGGCAACCUCUUGGGAGGAGAUAUCUGACAAAACUAUACGUAAUUCGUGGAAGAAAUUGAUCGAUGGUUUGUUAACGAUUGACAGUUUGGCAGGAACAAAAACAUCUGAGCAAGAUAUUGAUCUGUGGAUCAAAGAUCAGGUGUAUGAUGCUGAUCAUAAUCCAGAUUGGGUAACCAGUGAAGUGUUCUCUGAUGACGAGAUUUUGUCAUCAGUUCUCAAGAAAGAUCAACCUGAAAUGCAAGAAGGAUGGUUGGUAGACACAGAAGAUGGAACUGGAAAUUCACCAUAUUAUAGUGGAUUACACCUUGAAGUGUUAGAUAUCACUCCGCCCGCAAAGAAAUUCGAACAAGACGAGAAAUUCAAUGAUUUCGGUGCUCUACACACCGAAACGCUCGAUCGCUUGGAACGUCUCUCGGAGCUGAUUAGCAAGCCAGUUAAUCCUUCUGGCAGUGGGGCACAACAGGUGAUUGUGCAGCAGCAAUCCCUUAAGGCACCGAUACCCUCAUUUGAUGGCCGAAUGGAGAAUUGGCCUAAAUUCAAAGCCAUGUUUAAUGAUUUGGUUGUACGAGGUGGUGAUUCCGAUGCACUCAAUUUACACCACCUGGCUAAAGCCUUAUGGCGGGUUUAUAUUAGGGAGAUCUGUAGCUAUAGAUGGAUUUAUUUACCUGAAAAUAGAUGUUAA